AAGAUGGAUGUACUAAAAAAACAAAAUUCAUAAAUUUAAACCUUCGCCACCCUAAAAGCACCACUGUGCACGGCGUUGCCACCUUGAAUCCCUCCAACUCCCACAAUAAAAAACCCAUAUAGAACCCAACCUUCCACAAUCCAGAGACAAUUUUGAGCUUACAAAAAUGAACCAAGUGUCGUCAAUUAGUUUUGGGUCUUAUGGCUCUCUCUAUUUCUCAGUUAAGCGUCCCGCUUUUCUUCGCUGUACCCACCACCUCCAUUUCCACACUACCUCUACCAGAGCGGUGGCCUCCCACAUUGUUGGUCUUCCCCGCAUAGGACCGAAAAGAGAGCUCAAGUUUGCCUUGGAAUCUUUCUGGGAUGGGAAGAGCAGUGCCGAAGAAUUGCAAAAGGCGGCUGCAGGUCUUAGGUCCAGCAUUUGGAAGCAGCUGGCUGAUGCUGGUAUUCAGUAUAUUCCAAGCAACACCUUCUCGUACUAUGAUCAGAUGUUAGACACCACAGCCAUGCUUGGGGCUGUACCCCCUAGGUAUGGUUGGAAACACGGCGAGAUUGGCUUCAAGACCUACUUUUCCAUGGCUAGGGGAAAUGUAAAUGUUCCUGCUAUGGAAAUGACCAAGUGGUUUGACACCAACUACCAUUACAUUGUCCCUGAAUUGGGCCCACAUAUUAGGUUCUCUUAUGCAUCGCACAAGGCAGUGGAUGAAUUCAAGGAGGCCAAGGCUCUUGGAGUGGAUACAAUUCCCGUCCUUAUAGGACCUGUAUCCUUCUUGUUGCUAUCAAAACCAGCAAGGGGUAUUGAACAAUCUUUUCCACCCCUCUCCCUACUUCGCUAUAUUCUUCCAGUUUACAAGGAGGUUAUGGCUGAACUAAAGGCAGCUGGUGCUACCUGGGUCCAGUUUGAUGAGCCCGCCCUUGUAUUGAAUCUAGAUGCUAAUCAAUUGGAAGCAUUUACUCAUACGUACAUGGAACUAGAGUCAUCUUUCUCUGGUUUAAAUGUUCUGAUUGAGACAUACUUUUCUGAUGUUACUGCUGAAGCGUACAAAACAAUUACCUCUUUGAAGGGUGUUACUGGUUAUGGGUUUGACCUGGUUCGUGGAGCAAAGACCCUUGAUCUGAUUAAGGGUGGAUUUCCUAUUGGAAAACACCUUUUUGCUGGAGUGGUUGAUGGAAGGAAUAUAUGGGCCAAUGAUCUUGCAUCCUCCGUCAAUAUCCUGCAGGCUCUUGAAAGCAUUGUUGGAAAAGACAAGAUUGUGGUUUCAACAUCCUGCUCCCUUCUCCACACUGCAGUUGAUUUAGAGAACGAGACUAACUUGGAUAAAGAUAUUAAACCAUGGCUUGCAUUUGCUGCCCAAAAAGUUAUUGAAGUAAAUGCCUUGGCUAAAGCAUUGUCCGGACAGAAGGAUGAGGCAUUUUUCACUGCCAAUGCUGCAGCUCAAGCUUCAAGAAAAUCCUCCCCCAGGGUGACGAAUGAGGCUGUGCAAAAGGCUGUUGCUGCUCUGAAGGGCUCUGACCACCGCCGACCCACAAAUGUGAGUACAAGGCUGGAUGCUCAGCAAAAGAAGCUGAACCUUCCAAUUCUUCCAACAACAACCAUUGGAUCUUUCCCUCAAACAAUGGAUCUUAGAAGAGUGCGCUGGGAAUACAAGGAUAAAAAAAUCUCUGAGGAAGAUUAUGUCAAUACAAUGAAGGAAGAAAUUAACAAAGUUGUCAAGCUUCAGGAAGAGCUGGACAUUGAUGUAUUGGUGCACGGAGAGCCCGAGAGGAAUGACAUGGUUGAGUACUUUGGAGAGCAAUUAUCUGGUUUUGCGUUUACUUCCAAUGGGUGGGUCCAAUCUUACGGUUCUCGCUGUGUAAAGCCACCUAUUAUCUAUGGUGAUGUGAGUCGCCCAGAUCCCAUGACAGUUUUCUGGUCAUCUCUAGCCCAGGGAAUGACAAAGAGACCUAUGAAGGGAAUGCUCACUGGACCUGUCACCCUUAUGAACUGGUCUUUUGUGAGAAAUGACCAGCCCAGAUUCGAGACCUGUUAUCAGAUUGCUUUGGCCAUGAAGGAUGAGGUUGAGGAUCUUGAGAAAGCAGGAAUUACCGUGAUCCAGAUUGAUGAGCCUGCUCUAAGAGAAGGUUUGCCUUUGAGGAAGGCUGAGCAGUCUCUCUAUCUUGAUUGGGCUGUUCACUCCUUCAGGAUAACUAACUGUAGUGUUCAGGAUACAACUCAGAUCCACACCCACAUGUGCUACUCAAAUUUCAAUGACAUAAUUCACUCAAUCAUUGACAUGGAUGCGGAUGUGAUCACAAUCGAGAACUCCAAAUCGGAUGAGAGACUGCUCUCGGUCCUCCCUGAGGGACUGAAGUUUGGUUCUGGCAUUGGUCCUGGUGUCUAUGAUGUCCACUCACCAAGGAUCCCGUCAGACAUGGAACUCAGUGUCAAAAUUGAGAAUAUUGUUAAGGUCCUUGAGAAGAACAUCAUCUGGGUUAACCCCGACUGUGGUCUCAAGACACGCAAAUACUCUGAAGUCCAGCCUGCCCUCAACAACAUGGUUACUGCUGCCAAGUACAAUCGGAAGAUGUUGGGCAUUCAGGCAAGGAACGAAUGAGCUGAGGGCCCAUUUUGGUUUCAGCUUUGAGACGGGAAAUUUUGUCCCUUUUGUUGAGUUUUUCCUUUUAUGUCUGCUCUGUUGCCGUUUAUCAUCUUUAUAUCUCCAUAUGCUCUCUGUAUUUUCUUUUCUCCUUUAUAUUUACAUUUUUGCACAUAAAAAUCGUUACGUUUUGAUGCCUGCAGAUUUUCUCUUUGUUCAAUUGUACCUGUCAUAUUGGUAGAUAUGCAGUGAAUCGUUUGCUUGUAACGCUGCGAUUAUGUGAUGAUGACAUAAGAUGCUUAUUA